UGCAACAGUUAGAGACGGUGCUGGACUUGGUGCUGCAGCGUUUAGACUUGCUCACAGAGUUAUGACAGCAAUCUGCAGCUACCGUCUUGUGUGUGUGACUUCACCGUGUGUCCAGUGGAAAUGAUCGAGACAAGUUAAGUGUUCCCAAGGGAGGAAAGAGAAAGCAGUAAAAGACUUUAAAGACUGUCUUGGUAAUAUAUGCCUCAGUCAUUUCCUACUGCAUGCAAAUGUGUCCACUGGCUCAUGUCAUGAAUGAUGAGCUCAGGUUUUCUCACAAACCAGCCACAACCUUGUAAAUGUUGUCUGGUUCCCAUUAAAGGGACAUGUCACCCAUUUUAUGAGCUCACCCUCUUCCUGUGUCCCAGAACAGCUCUUGUGAACAUGCACUGCUCCAUUUGUGAUUUUCACUGGGAUGUGAGGUCAGAGGAAUGAACAUAUGGUCCAGUUUAAGUUCAAACGCUAGUGUCUGUUAACAGGUUUCAACAUCAUUGACCUAUUUACUGUCCAUGGGACUGUGCCAAUUUCCAAUUUAAAAACUCCAUCUGAUUAUACAUUUUGAAAAAGUUGUUGCAAGUUUACAAACACUGGCUGAUCUGUCCUGCAGACCUGAAAUCACUACUUUUAAAGCUGGAGUAGGCAGGUUAACCUUUCAGCUUAUUCUAAGUCAACCCCAGGGUAGGCAGAUUUCUGGAAAAGGGAAAUAAUAAAUAAAAUAAAAUGCCAGAAUAAAAAAAACAGCCUUCAUCCUGCACCAGUAGCUAUGUUGCUAAUAGUUUGGUGUUCUGCUAACCAUAGCCGUGAGCAGAAGGCUAAUCUAUUAGCGACGUUUUCUCUUCAUCUCUGAUACGCUUCAUCAAUAUUGUCAGACUCUCAUUUUGAUAAGUCUGUUUUCCUCGGUGCUUUGCAGUGAAGGCAGCUGUUUGCAACGGUGGAAUAGCAACUUUUUCCGCAGGAUAUUCUGCCUUUUAAUCAGGCUUUCACCAGAGGGAUGUGCACAUUCAUCUGCAUUUUGCAGAACAGCCAAUAGGAACUUCCCCUCUCUGAAACGACCCAAUGAUUGGUCAAAGUCUCCCGUCGCAUGCUUGAUUAUCUAAAGACUAAAAAACAGACACAAGAGGAGGUGCAGUAGUCUAGUUUUCUCCCAGGCCACUUGAAUUCCAAUAAGCUGUGAGGUUAUUAUGGAGUUUUUGCUCUAUGAUGCCAACAAAUAAACUGCCUACCUCAGCUUUAACCACUUCCAUUAUGGAAGCGGCCCUCUUUUCCUCUUUUCAGUUCUAUAAAACAACAAAACCUGCUUACCAGCAACUGCUUGGUGAAAUUGUUGUCGAGUGCAUCAAUGUAGCUUCCUCUCUAAAAUAUAUGCAGACAAACUUGUUAGUUAAAGCUCCUGGACAGCCUCUACAUGUCUGCAUGGAGGCUACCUCCUCAGUCUCACAUGCAUGACAUCUGCCUUUUAUUAAGUGUGUGUGUGUGUGUGUGUGUGUGCGCGCGCAACAGACUGUCCUGCCAGUUGAUCUGUGUGAGAUAGUUCUAAAACUGCUAUGACGGUAGACAUAGAUUGAGUUUAUGAGAAGUGUAAAUGUACACGCGCUCCUACACACACAUGGUUUCCAAAAUUAGGGGUUUUCAGGGAAUAAAUGACUUAACUUUGUGUGUGUGUUUCCGUGACACAGCAGGGUUGUUAGUCAGAGGCCAGAAUGGCCCAAAGGCUGAGAAAGAGAGAAAGAAAGCAAACAAGCGUGUCGAAGGUGAAGAAAGAAAAGCUAGUCAAAACAGAAAAGAGGACAAAACGAGAGAACAAGUACGGCUUGAAAGAGGAGGUGAAAAGUAGAUAAAGAGCAGAGCAGGGGGGUGAUAUGAGAGAAGGUUAGGGAGAAGAGAGGAGGAGAAAUGAAACGCAUGAAAGAGAGGUUGAGAAAAUGUAACAGAGUGCAGUUUUGUCUCUCGAGCCAACUAAUGGAAGUCAUACAUUGUAGUUGCGGAUCUGCCUUACGCAUAUAGGUAGGUAGGUUGAUUUGUAAGGACUUAAGGGGCGAUGAUAGACAAACAAGUCUUUGUGUACUGUAACAGGUUAUUUUUGUCAUCGGGUGCGUGGAAAGUAGCUCAACCAAUUUCAAAAAGAUUACAUGUUGUGUUUCGGAGGAGAAUACACACAAAAGGGCACGGAGGUUUCCUUAUUUAAAACCUCUGCACUAACCCUCCAUAUAUUAAUUUUAGAUACCUCUAUGUAUAGUGUAGUUCCAUCUUAUCUACAAAGGGCACUGUGCUCAGCUGACAUAUCUUUGAUGGUUAAUUCUAGCGUAUUUUCAGAAGGCUAUUAACUUGAUUUAACUUUGAGAAAGAUGGGCAGAAAUAGAGACAUAAGAAAGAAGGAGACAGCCUUAACAUCAACCAUUUUAGUGUCACAUUGUUAAACGUUGUGAUAACUAAUCAUAUAACGUAUACUGGUUUAAAGUAUUUCCAAAACGAUUUAUUUGGAACUCAACAGAUGUUGUUUUAGGUACAGUUCGGUGUAGUAACUUGGUUUUCCCUUCUUUGAUUCUGAUUCUGAUGACGAAUCUGGUUUACUGCACCAGUGACCAAACCCUAACAUCUGUUUGUUUGAGUGAGUUAGAUGUUUAGUACGUAUUUGUGUCGGAGUGUGUAUGUGUGUCAGCACAGAUCUGGAGGAAGUUGCCGGAACAGGGUGUGGUGUGUGUGUGUGUGUGUGUGUGAUGGCAGAGCUCCCGUCUGGACUGCUGGAGGCAUGUGUAGUGGUCGGAGCGCCCAGUGAUAAGCUUCGAGACAUAUACCAGUUUCAUCUGCAGAGUAAGUUAGAUGAAAUCCCCCUGCUGGAAGCAGAGGUACUGCAGGUCCACGCCCCGCCAUUUGUUUCCAAGGAGACCAACUCCAGCCAGUUGAUUGGACCGUCUUUCAGUCGUGUCCAGAGGAGGAGGAGCUUUAUCAAAAAGAAGAGGCGAGAUCGUGCUGCAGAGGUGUUGCCUAAUGGAGAAACAAGCAAUCAUACUGAAGCGUCCUCAGCAACAGAGGACAUCAGUGUUCCAAAGGAUCUGGACCUCAUCGCCUUGCCACAGCUCUGCUUCCCUGGUGGUCUUCAGUUAGCCAAUGAGCAGAAAGAAGACAGUUAUCACUUCCUGGUUUUUACCGACCUGUUUGGGAACCGAACCCAUGGAGUUGUCGUGCAGUACUACAGAGCUAUACAGUCCUGUCAGGAAGAUGCUGUCCAGAAUGGCCACAGGUGGAAUUCGUCAAAGUUCCGCCUCUUCACACCUUUUGCUUUGUGUGUCAUCUCCAAGUUCCCUUAUUACAAUGCUCUGAAGGACUGCUUGUCAUGUCUCCUGGUCCUGUUGCGGCCUACGAGACAAGCUGACUUUGAGGAGACCAUAAAGGAAUUUUCAGCCAAGCUGUCCCUGGUCCCUUUACCACCACCUGGACAGCUACAUGUGUCCUUCAACCUCCGGCCCAUCCACGUGGUUCUUCCAUCAAGGCAGGAUCAGGACAGUCCCAUUAUCGACAUCGACCUGCAUCUUCCUUUCCUCUGUUUCACGCACACAACACUGCUCCAGGUGCUGUCCUGCAUGCUUCAAGAGCAGAGGCUGGUCUUCUUCUCUGCUAACUGGGCCAGACUCACUCUGGUCGCAGAGAGUUUGCUUUUGUACCUGCAGCCUCUGUCCUGGCAGCAGCCUUAUGUUCCUGUCUUGGCGAGAGGAAUGCUGGACUUCCUCAUGGCUCCCACAGCCUUCCUGAUGGGCUGUCACAUCAGUCAUUUUGAAGAGGUCGCCGCAGAGACAGAGGAGCUAAUUCUGGUGAAUGUUGAUGAUGGCAUCAUUCAGCUGUCAUGGUCUGAAACCAUUGACCUACCAGCUAUGCCUCUGGCUGCAGCCGAGAGCUUUAUGUCAAGGGCAGAGGGUCUCCAGCUUCACUAUGACUUGGAGCUGUGUCAUCUUGGAGCGGGCACUGAUGCCAACGCACUGCGAUGUCAACGCAGAGACUGGCAGACACGCCUCAACACACAGAUCCAAAACAUCGCUCUGGAACUCGUGGUCAACAUCUUCAGGGACGUCCAGGACUUUCUAAACCAUGAACACAGAGUUUUCAACAGUGAGGAGUUUCUGCGGACCAGGGAGCCAGCAGACCAGCUCUUUUACAAGAAGGUAUUAGACACUCAUAUCUUCCACUCAUUCCUGCGAGACAGGCUGAACAGGAAACGGGACACCUUCAGCUGCAUGGAGCAGAACACGCGUAACCAUGCACACAGGAAUCGUGCGAUGACGGAGUCUCCUCGGCGUCCUCUCAUGUCUGAUCUGUCCAGGAGUGGCUACACCAGCUACACCAGCCCUAAUGACAGGCUGAGCAAGAGGCUGGGAGCCAGCCUGCCUAACCUGGAGCAACCUGCCAAUGACACUGUGACGUCCAUCAGCUCCAACAGACCAGCCUCCCUCAGGAAGAUGACGCUGGAUGUCGGGUUGAAGUCUCCUCAGAAAGCGGUGACGGUUUUCCGCCUCCCAGAGUUCCCCCCUCCGCUGGCCUAUCACUACGUCCAGAACUAUUACUCUGACAUGGUUUCCUCGCUGGGGAAGGCUAUUAACGCUACACUACCGGAAGAGUCUGCUCUGAUGGCAAGGUACCACUACCUGCGAGGUUUGGUAAACACUGUGUCCAACAGGCGUCUGGAUGCACUGGAGGACUUCCAGAGUCUGUAUAAGACUGACUCCAACAUCUUCCCUUCUCAGAUGGUUAAGUCACUGGUUGACUCUCUGCCAGAAGCUGAAAGGUUACAGGUGGACAAACGGCCAGAACUGAAACGGCUCAUCAGCCGGGUCAAGAGGGACCAGGAGCGGGAACGCGCCCGCGACGACAGCGGGCUGGAGGAACAUUCCGUGAAGCGCUUCAAGCUGCCGAAAACAUACAUGCAGCUGGAGGAGUUUGUGAAAUGUAUCCAGGAGUCCGGCAUUGUAAAAGACCAAGGAACCAUACAAAGGCUCUUUGAUGCUCUAACUGUAGGUCAUCAGAAGCAAGUGGGUCCAGAUUUGUUUAGAGUCUUCUACACCAUCUGGAAGGAGACUGAGGCCGAGGCACAGGAGGUGCGCUUGCCAGCGUCCGUCUCGGAGCACAUUGAGCCCAGCGAGUGUGUCUUCAAGCUGUCCUCCUCUGUCAAGACGAGCCGCGGUGUGGGGAAGAUCGCCAUGACUCAGCGACGGCUCUUCCUGCUGACCGACGGACGACCGGGAUACGUGGAGGUGGCACAGUACCGAGAUUUAGAGGAGGUGAAAGUGUCCUCGGCUCCCUUCCUGCUCCUGAGAAUCCCCAGCCUGAAGCUGCGUGUUCAGGGCAGAAAGGAGGCGUUCGAGGCCAAUUUGAAAACAGAGACUGAGCUAUGGAACCUGAUGGUCAAAGAGAUGUGGGCCGGGCGCAACAUGGCUGACCAGCACAAGGACCCCCAGUACAUGCAGCAGGCUCUGACCAACGCCUUGUUAAUGGACGCAGUGGUGGGCAGCCUUCAGAGCAGUAAGGCCAUCUACGCUGCUUCCAAGUUGGCUCACUUUGACCGCAUCAAGAUGGAAGUGCCAAUGAUGGUCCCCAAGACAACUGCAGAGACGCUGAAGCACAAAAUUAACCCCUCGCUGGAGCUCGCUGCACCUCAGGCUGUAGAUGUACUUCUAUACACACCAGGUCAGUUAUGGGUGUCUGUGAGCAUGGGGAAGGUGAUGGUGUUUGAUGCCUCCAGCUGGUCCCUCACACACACCUGCCACGUUGGAAAUGCAAGACUGAACUGCAUGCUCGGAGUUGAUAAGGACCAGGUCUGGAUGGGCUCUGAGGACUCUGUUAUCUACAUCAUCAGCAUGGUGGCCAUGGUCUGCAACAGACAGCUGACUGAACACCGGGCGGAGGUCACCGGACUGGCGCUCGACACUGAAAAAUACAGCCAGAAGGUGGCGUACUCCUGCAGUGCUGAGGGAACCGUCAUGGUGUGGGACGUCUCAACCCUCCAGGUGAAGAGGCACUUUCGCCUCUCAUGCGACCGCCUGCAGUCCGUCUACAGCUGUAACGGGACGCUGUGGUGCUCUUCCAGGGACAUUAUAAUGGAGGUGUGGAGGAACGGUUCAUUGAAACAACGUCUGACUCUACCAGAGCAGCAAAAAGGAUCCACAGCUAAAUUCAGCUCUGUACUGCUGUUGCCUGAGAAGGAGGAGCUGUGGAGUGUUUGUGUGGACUCAGGAGAAGUGUGUAUCUGGCACAUUAAGGACACUACCAAACCGUAUCACCGUGUGGCUCUACAGGACUGCACCGGAUGUCACUGCAUGAUCAAAGUUAAAAACCAGGUAUGGGUCGGCGGUGUUGGCCGUAGAACCACCAAAGGGAAGAUUUACAUCCUGGACACGGAACGGCACCAGGUGCUGAAGGAGCUUCACGGCCACAACGACAAGGUGACGGCGCUCUGCUCCGCGGAAGACCGGUACGUCCUCAGCGGAGCUGGCAAACAAGACGGAAAGAUCGCCAUCUGGAAGGUGGAGUAGACUUGACUCUCUGGAAAUGGACUCAUUUUUAGAGUCGGAGCCAUCGCUCUGCUUGAACUGCUCUGGGACGUCCUGCGAACUGACGAGUUUUAGAAUCCGCAAGAAACGGGAGUGAAGGUCUGUGAUUGGAAAGCGGAUUAAAAAUCACAAAUCCCUUCAACUUGCCUCUGAGUCUCAUAGAUGUGAAGGAAUCACAUGGUGAUCAUGUGAAGCACCAGGUUUACAUGUAUUGUCACCAACUGACAAAUACUAAACAGUACUAACACGUUAUUUUUCGGGAUCAUGAAGGACGAAUAAAGACUGAAAAAAGAGAAGUGGCCACAAUUUCUGCUGGAUAUUUGGGUUUUUAUCCAAAGUGCUUCACUUUUGCUGAAAGUUUUUACAUUUCUUUAUUGUCAUACCAUGCCUUAUUUAAUGCUGCACCCUAUCUUUUAUUGAAUAUGAUCACACUUUUUAUUAUGUGGGAACAUUGUGUGACUGAGCAUCACCUCCAACUGUGUUUUUUUGAGGCGAGUUUCCACAGCUCAAAGGAGUCAAACUACCCUGAAAACAAAACUCAUAUGAUUGGAGAUUUCACCGUUAUGUUGGAAAGAAAGUGUUUAUUUUGAUAGAGGGUAUUCUUUAAUGGACGAUGUAUGGCGGAGAGGGACGGGAAAUAUGAUGAAAGGGGAUACGAAGUCGGGAGCUGGACUCAAACUCAUGACAUGUGAGACAUGUGUGUUUCAGAGCAGCUCAAGAGGAACAAGCCUAGUCCUGGAAUCUGAUAAAAACACACAAAAUAAGGACCAUCCCCACAGUGUUUUUCUUUAUCAAAUACUUACCUCAUUUUUAGACAACGUUUUUACAUUUUCUCUAUUUAUUUUCCUACAGGAUUAGUUUUACCUGUGUUACCGGAUGGUAGCUGUUAGGAUAAAGGCAAAAUGUUUCUAUGUACGGACUGACGGGAGAGAUGAAGGUCUGGUCAAACCUACCGGCUAUAAAAUGCCUCAUGAUAUUAAAAACCAAGUUAUAUAUAACUUUAAUUCAAAAGGCCAGGCUAAGAAUUGCUCCUCAUAUGUAUUUUGUGUUCUGUCGACGUUUGUGUUACAUGCAUUUUAUAUGUAUUUCUAUCACGUCAUUAUUUCAAUAACAUUAUUUGUAUUGAUGAAGUGGAACAGAAUAGACUGAAGUUUUCUUGCACAUUCCUUUUUAUUGUCUUUAUUUCUUUCUGGGACUUCUGAACAAUCGGAGUAAAGAAGAAGGCACACACCUGUUUUUCUGUCCUGCUCAACAACAUUUUUACAAAAUCACAAAUGGGAUCAUUUUGGUUCGUAUCAAAGGUUCAACUUCAUGUAUUUAUACACUAUGUAAAAGUGGUGAAUGUGAACACAAAAUGCAUUCCUUUUGUAAACUCAACUGGUGACGAUGCAAACAGCUUCAGACUUCAAAUGACACUUUAUUAUAUCUUCAAGACUGUUAACAAGAUGUUUUAAUAUGUAACCAAAAGUGAAGUAAU